AUGUCCCCAUCUCUCUUCUCUCCCGAUAAGCAAACCUCGCCAAUCGUCUCUGCCCGGUCGACUCGAAUACAGCGCAUCAAAGAUCGGCUCGUUCAGCUGCAACAGGAGUACCAUGCCGGCAUCCUUGGUGGUGAGGAGACUGAUGGUGAGGUUGUGAGGUGA